CAUUCGAUACAGCUGGAGACGCGUUCGAUGUUGGUUGCAGGCAGCGGGCGUUCUUCGUGGCGCUACUCACCUUUGACACCCUCGCCAACCGCUCCUCCUCUCAACCUCUCGGUGCCUUCUCCUCCCUUUCCACCGACUCACCCUCUUCCUCCACCACCACCACCUCCAUCACCAAUAGCAACAACACCAGCGGCAGCAGCAGCGGUGACAGCAGCAGCAGUGGCAGCAGCAGCGACAGUGGAGUGGGUGCGGAGGACCCAGAAAGUAGGUGGAGACGUUUCGGGAGAACGGCGAGAGUGACAGAGGCGCCGGCAUGGGACGAUGCUGCUAACGGGUGGACUGACCUGCGACUGGCAGCUCGAGUCACAUACCGCCCCGCCUCCUCCUCCCACCAGGUGUGCUUCACAGCGCCCUUCCCCGGCCCCUACCGGCUGUCGCUGCAUCUGCUCUUCUCCAACGCGUGCCAGACGCGCACUGCUCUCAGCAAGGCCUACAACCAGGGCUUCCAAAACUAUCACCUGGUGGCCCUCCGCAAGCUGCAAGUCACCAGCCCCCAGCCGUACUUCCCAGACGCGCUCAGAGAGGGCCUCCCCUGGUGCACGUCUGCCCUGCUGCGCUCGUCCGGCAACGAGGGCUACUGGAAGGACCAGCAGUGGCGCCCCCACGCGUGCCGCCUCAAGUCCGUUCAGCCGGCCGGUGUGCUCCGUUGCUUCCACCGCAAGCAACGUGUGCUGCUCAUGGGCGAUUCAGAGAUGCGCUACCUCUUCGGCUUCCUCCAGGUCUUCCUGCAUGCAGACUCGCGCGCAGCCUUUGUGGAGUCCGAGAAGGCCAACAUGCAGGGUGUGCACGGGUUCCAUGGGUUUCCCCAGGUGUGGAGCCCCUUCAACGAGAGCGUGGGGAGUGGAUCCGAGAAGGUGCUGCGCAUGCGUGUGCGCAGAACCGACUACACGACCUUCUACUAUGGCUCGCUCUAUGACGGCUUCGUGCGCACCAGGUUCAACGUCACCAGCAGCGGCAGAACCUUUGUGUUCAAUCUGACAUACGUGGCACAGAUGGGGGCGAUACAGGAGGUGCUGCCAGCGUGGAUGUUCAACACGAGCCUCCUGGGAGACGACGUGCUGAGCCGCCCGGACACUCCCUUCCGACUCGUCGCCUACAGCUCCUUCCUGCAUGAUCUCCCCUCAUUGAACUCAACACAGGACUACAGAAGAACAGCAACCUUGCGCCUGCUGCCCAGCAUGCAGAGGCACUUGCAGGUCGCACAGCAGAUUACCUUCUUUGGCCCGUGGGCGGCUAGAGAGGACACCAAGCCGCGCUGGCUGAUCUUCAGGAGCAACAACUUGCGCGGCAUGGCCUUCGAGAAGGAAGCUUCCAG